ACAGUCAGCUGAUCUCCACGGGUUCUAGCGUUUUUGCUGUCGACCUUCAGUACAGCGGCGUUUUUGGCCAUCUUUAUUCACAGAGCGGCUUUUCUUCUUCUUCCUUGAACCAUGGCGAGCCAGUCACAGGGCAUUCAGCAGCUGUUACAGGCUGAAAAACGGGCCGCGGAGAAAGUCGCCGAAGCCCGGAAACGGAAAAACCGCCGCUUGAAGCAAGCCAAGGAGGAAGCUCAGGCGGAGAUCGAGCAGUACCGUCUCCAGAGGGAAAAGGAGUUCAAGACCAAGGAAGCCGCGGCACUGGGUUCUCACGGCAACUCGGCCGUGGAGGUGGACAAAGAGACCUUGGACAAGAUGGGCCGCAUCCAGAGCAGUUACCAGCAAAACCGAGAAGCUGUACUGAACAACCUCCUGAAGAUGGUGUGCGACAUCAAGCCAGAGAUCCACGCCAAUUACCGCGUCGCUGGAUAAACCUCACGCCUCUCUCCACCGUUUUCAGGAGAAACACUGAGGCAAAGACUGCCACUGUACAACCUUAAAGAUGUUCCCGCCAUACAUACGUGUUUAGUUACAGCUCUAACAGGUCGUUGUAAAGCUGUGAGGCAUACAGCUAUCAUUUGUUUACUACAUUUCAAAAACAAAUUCACCAGGUUUUAGUCAGUCUUCAGUUCUCUCAAACGGCAAAUGUUUUAUUGUUUCUACCUGCUGUAGGUUUAGAUGAAUUAUAUUUAUAUUUAUAUUGUUUGAUGGUGAUGGCUGUCCUGCAGUGGUUCAGCGCAUGUCUUUGUCUCUGUAUCGUUAGACCUGUACGAUCAUCAGUGUGCUGUUUGGAAGUGAUACCAGUACAUAUGUCUGUCUGUGCAUCUGGCUAUGCUGUGUGUUGUUUAUAUGAAAUAUUAAGAAAAAAGUGUUUUUAUUUGAUUGCUGCGUUUAACUGGAUGACUACUGGAUUAAUCCUGGAGCGUUGGCAUGAUAUGAAAUUGAUUUUCUCAAGAACACAAAACAAAUUGACUACAAGAGAAAAGUAUUCUGAAUUUGUACCCUGUUAAACUGCAUGAAAGAGAAAAAAAAAUAACAUAUUCAUAGCCAUACAGGGUUCUGUAGAAAGUUUUUCCUUCUGUGGAACAUUUGUGACAAACCUGUUUAGCUGAGAAACACAAACUCAGCUCCUUUCUUUGUUUUUCCUCAACUGCUUCUUUCUCUAAUGUGUUCCUGACAUUCCUCUGUUAGACCUGGCUGGGAAAGUACAGUAAAAUUAUAAUAAAUGGUUCUGUGUGUGA